UCUUAAAAAAAUUCCAAGAUAGGAUCUCUCUAGAAAUCACUGCAAUAGUUAUUAGGUCUAUAACAAAUAAAUAAAACAAUCACUAUGUACAGUCUAAUAGACAAAGUGGCUAUCGUAACCGGAGGUGCAAAUGGUAUAGGCGCACAAAUUGUUCAAGGAUUCGUGAAGGAACGAAUAAAGUAUGUUGCUAUCCUUGACAUCGACGAAGCAUCUGGCGUUACAUUAGAAAAUAAACUAAACACAGAAUAUGGAAGCGACGUAGCUGGUUUCUUCAAAUGCAAUAUCGCUGUGGACGAAGAACUAUUCAGCACAUAUGAUGAAAUAUUUAAAAAAUUCGGAGCUAUUGACAUUGUGGUUAACAAUGCAGGUGUUGCUUUAGAAAAAAUGGAUACGUACAAAAAUGAAAUUGCUAUUAACUUUACUGCAUCGGUGUCUUCAACAUUGAAAGCUUUAGAGCUAAUGCGCGUUGACCGUGGAGGUGCAGGUGGAACUAUCGUUAAUGUGUCGUCUAUCGAGGCUUUGGCUUUAACGUCGCCAGGUGUCUUUGUGUAUGCUGCUACUAAAAGUGCUUUAUUACAUCUUAGCGUCUGUAUGGGAAAAGAAGACUAUUACCACCACACCAAAGUACGAGUACUGGCUAUGUGUUUUGGAGCAACUGAGACGGCUAUGGUAUACAAAGUAGAGGGUCUCGAUGAUAUAAUCAAUGAAAAUAUACAUCAAAUUGUAGACAAAUUGAGACAACAUUCUUUUUUACAAUCAGCCAGUGCAGCAGCGAGAGGUGUAAUUGAAGCAUACCAAACCAGUGCUAGUGGAAAUGUUUGGCUCGUAGACAACGAAGACGUCGUGAACAUUACUGACAAAAUAUAUGGAGCGUACAAAAUAUUGUCUGACGGCGUUCACAUUUGAUCAAAUUUACAAAACUAUUUUACUAUUAUUACAAUUAUAACAAUUGGGAGUACUCGUAAAUGGUAAUUAUGGUAAACAUGGUUGAAGUAGAAUUUUAAUUUGAAGAAUAAAUUGAGCAUUAUAAGUAUAUUAUUUUUUUUUACCC